CAGCGUUGCAAUAAACCUGUACUUCUCACCCAAGUCUGAGAACGAAGUCAACUUCAAUCUGCGCUGUAAUAUCCAGCACAAGAAGACACCAAUAACACUCAAUGUGAAGGCAGAGGGCUAUCAGAUGAACAGUAUUCUGCUGUGUGAGGACUCGACAGGAAACAGAGUGGAGCUGAGUGACAGAGGCGUCAACCAGAUCAAUUUUGGAGAGGUCAGUUCCUGCUUAUUAGUGGCACAGAUUUCACAAUCCAACAUCAAAUAUACUUGAAACUAUAUUUUACAAUUUAACGCCAGCUCUUAGGAUAUGCAUCUAAUAUUUCACAAUCCAACAUUAAAUAUACUUGAAAAUAUUUCACAAUUCAACAUUAGAUCAUUGGAUAUAAUUAAGAUUUGAAUUAUAGACUUUUGUAUAAUUUCAGACUUUUGUAUAAUUCCAGACGUUUUGAUUACCUUGUGUUAUUUAACCUGUUUGUGUUAUUUGAUCUACUUGUGUUAUUUGACCUACUUGUGACAUUUGACCUACUUUUCUAUCUUCUCACAGGUGGAGAUCAAUGAGAAUGUCAUCAGACAUCUGUUCUUGCUCAACACAGGAAAUUUUAACUUUGACUUCCAAUCAGAGUUCAGCCCCAAAUCAACUGGGACGGAGGCCAUAACCUUGACCCCUUCCAUGGGUUCAGCCAUGAGCGGUGAGACAAAGGAGAUGUCUCUGGCAUUCUGUCCCCAGAAGAAGAUGUCUGUCAAAAACUGUGAAUUCAGCAUCAAAGUAAGUUUGUAGCCCUACAUUUAGGGUAUCUGACAUCUUGUGCUCAGGGGAGAUAAGGCCAAAUGUAGGUUUUUGAAUUCUCAUUUUUAACCUCAACCCUGUAUCCCACCUAAAAAAUGGAGUCAAGCAUAAAAUUUUUUUUUUUAAAGUAAUAAUAAUUUUGUUUCUCCUUAAAUUUUAAAAAUCGCAUGAUGAAUUUAGGGCUUUAUUCCUAAUUCAAAUCAAUGUUUGCAUUGUCAAACACAACUUUGUAUAAAUGACUGGUCCUUAAAAGCCUCAGCAAACUGUAGCAAAACAAGACCUUCUGUCAAUCACUCCAAUGAUCUUUUAAGGUGAAAAAGAAAGAGAGGGUUAUGUCUUAUUGUGUUUUGAUUCAAAAAUCAUUUGCAUUCAUCAAUAUGCUGAUCACUACCAGUGACCAGUGGCAACACUGCAAUGGUUGAAUGUUUAUAAAAUAGUUUACUUCAAUCAACAGAUCUGUAUUGGAUGUUUGUAGCUUUCAGGAUUUGAGCUGGUCAUUUAGAGAAUGCCUGAAAUUCUUCCAUUUACAGGUUACCAAUGGCCCUACCUACAAUCUGAGUGUUACUGGACACAGUGUGAAUCCAGGUCUGGUUUUCUCCUUCCGAACCUACAAUUUUGGCAACAACUUCAUACAGAAGACUGGGCUGAACCUUCCUAAGAACCAGGCUAUUCUCAAGCUGACCAACAAAGACAAGAAAGAAGUCAGGUAGGUUUCACAAAACAAAGUUCUUGAUAUAGAGUGAUAAUAUUCCCUUAUAAAUAUUUCUUUCAUAUCUUUUAUUUAUGUUUUCAAAAAUUCUGGAGUAAAGUGAACAUUUUUGCAGUUCCAUCUCUCUCUCAUAAAUUAUUUAAAAAAGAUAUACAUUUUAUGAUUCAGAUAAGUGGAAAUAAAUUUAUUUUAAAUUGAGCAUAAUGAUUGCUUUUCAUAAGAUCUUUACAAACAUUCAUCUUAUUUACUGAUUAUUUGCAUAUCUUUCCCAAGUGUUGACUGCAUGUAUGCCCCAACAAGUCAGCUGUCCUACAAGUUUGAAGCCUGUGUGAUAGCGCCAGGUAAGACUGUCAAAGUGCCAUUCACCUUCACUCCCACACAGCCAAUCAAAUACCAUGAGAAUGUUGUCUUCGAGAUCAAUGGCCUCAGCAAACAGAAAGUGGAGUUCUUUGGUGCUGGACAUGAAAUGAAAGUAAGUUCUUGGUUUCUUUAAUGCAAGUUCAAGUUUUUUUCCAACAGCUCAGCGUGGGAGGCAAACAUUUGAUUAUGUCACAAAUUGAGUAUGUUAAAGAUUGAGCCUGUUACAUAUUGAUGAUGUUGCUGAGCCAAGUUAAAUAUCUUUAUUUUGAAUUAUAGAAAUUCAUUUUAUAUCAUAACUUGUCUGAUUACUGUAUAUUACAUAAAUUGGCCCUGUAUCACAAAGGUAAUAUUGACCGAGUACUGUAUGUUACAUAUGGUGACUCUGUAUCACAGUGUAAUGGUGGCCCAUGUAGCAAAAUGGAAAUAUUGUCUCUCUUACAACCAAGAGUUAUUGGAUUUCAAAUUGAUCCUGGAGUUGUCCCUAACUAUACGGAAAUAGAUGAAUGACUGCACUUGUCAGACCAGUAAUGCAGCUAAUCAAUGGAAAUAAGGACUCUCAAAGUCGCAAAAUAUGACAUCUAAUUUUUUAAAUUUACUUUAAUCUAAACUAGCCGGUGAAAUUGUAAAAUAAUAUAAUUUGUAAAUCUAAUUUGAUAGAUGAGAUCAAACAAGGAUUGGUACGUUUUAAAACAUGUUUGAUACUGCAGAGUGCACACAAAGGUAACAGUGCACACAAAGGUAACAGUAUACACACAAAGGUAACAGUGCACACAAAUCACAGCGUAUGGCUGAUAAAAGAAAUUAAUUCAUGAUUUAUUCGGAAUAUUUUCAGAUUGAAGUGGCAGACCCAAAACACAAGUGUGUGAACCUCGGGUCAAAAAUGGUGGGUGACAGUGUCAGAAAGUUCAUUCCCAUUGUCAACAACAGUCCAGUGUCCUUGACCUUUAACCUGGCCUUCACCCCUACAGAACCAGGACUACAACAGAAAGAAGUGCUCUCUAUUACGCCCAAAGAACAGAUAACUCUAGAAGCUAAUGGCGGAACCACAAAAGUUGAGGUCUGGUUCAGACCCAAAGCCCGCAUCCCACAAUUCACUGAAGAGGUUUGUUCUAGAUCUCUUCGAUAUAUUUGUGCAUCUGGCUUGUAAACUGAUCUAAUCCCAUAAUUCACUGUGAAGGUUUGUUCCGGAACUGUUCAGUCUGUUUCGUGCCGGUGCCUCGUAAACUAUAAAUUGACUAUAAAUGUUUGCCUGCAGGUACUGAUGGAAUGUUCUGGAAUCUCUCAGCCUUUGUUUGUAGUGAAAGGAUCGUGCCUGGGCAUGGAGAUCUCACUAGACUCCGACUAUUUGGCAUUUGGAACUGUCUUUCAGCGCAGUAGCAGCAUACGCAAACUAGUCAUGUCCAAUACUGGUGACAUGAGCUCAAAGUUAGUACAAGUCUGUUUUAUCUUUUGUCUGGGUUUCUUCUUCUUCUUUGUCUUCUUCAACUCCAAGAAAAGCUUAGGGCAUUAACAAUGUCUUUCCACUCCCUCCAGUCGUGUGCAAUCAACUCUAGCUCUUUCAAGCUCUUUCCUAUCUAAAUCUGCUAUCUGUCUUUAAUCAGUAAUAAAUUUCUAAUUAAAUUAGUAAAGCAAAGGUGGGUAAAAUAUGAUCCCCGCCUCCGUUUUGAAUGGCUCGCACUCUCCUAAAAAAAAUUAUUAAAAUAAUCAUAAAAAUGGAAAAGUGGAGAAAAAAAAACACCCCAGGACACUGUGAGAAUAAUCAAGUGCAUGUAUCACACCAAUGACAUGUACAGCUAAAGGUGGCAUUCUCCAACUCAAACAGCCAUUAGCCUAUGUAUUCAAUGUCACAGUAAGACUUGUACUAGUGGUUUUAUUUAUUUGCUGCUAUUUUGUUUAAUUAUGAUGGUUCAUUUCUUGAAUUAAUAGCAAUUCCACAAGAUGUUUGAUAUUAAUUUUUAAAUAAUAAAUUCCCUAUGAUUCGGGAAAAAUGUCCCCCCACCCCCACAACUUUCCCCAUUUAUGGCUCCCAUCCCUCUGUUACCUCUGAAUCUGGCUCCCAGCGAAACCCGUCUGCCCACCCCUGAGUUGUAGCAUCCUUAAGCAGUCCACAAGCCAAACUUCUCCAAAAAAAUUUUUUUUAAUUUUCUUGCUUAGAUUUCGCUGGGAUAUCAAACAAUUCAAGCCGGAUUUCAGUAUCACCCCUGUUGAAGGGUACAUCACUCCAGGCAUGGAUGUCACCUUUGAUGUUGAAUUUCACCCCCAGAAUGUCAGCGGAGAUGUUCGAUAUGAUGUAAGAGCAAAUAAAACUUCUUUCUUAUUAUUUUUGGUUGUCGUGUGUUUGUGUGGGUGUUUGUGACGGGGGUUUGUGACAGGGGUUUGUGACGGGGGUUUGUAAAAUAUACAACCAGAAUACAUUUUAAUGGACUCUUCUUGAACUAAAUGAAACACUUUCCAGCUGUCAAUAACUGUUGGUUCAUCAGAGCCCACAUGUUUUUAUACUGUUAAAAUUAUCCCACUGUGGCGACAUGCUAAAAGUGUACAGUAUUUUAAAGAAAAAUAGUUUGAUGAGAUUAGAGUUGAAUCUUAUUGUUCUAAUACUUUCUAGUCAAUCAACAAUUUAUUGGGCAUUUAUCUGUUGGCUUACAUGAUCCCAGGCACAUGAUUCCAGUAGGAAAGUAUUGGAGCUAAGAGUGUGAAAGAAUUGGAGCUGAGAGUAUGAAACUAAAGGAGCAAAGAGUUUGAAAUAAUUGGAGCUAAGAGUAUGAAAUAAUUGAAACAGAGAAAAUGAAAGUAAAUGAGCAAAGAGUUUGAAAUAAUUGGAGCUAAGACUUUAAAAGUAUUAGAACUGAGAGUAUGAAAGAACUGGAGUUGAGAGUAUGAAAAUAUUGGAACUGAGAGUAUGAAAGAAUUGGAACUGAGAGUAUGAAAGAAUUGGAACUGAGAGUAUGAAAGUAUUGGAGUAUGAAAGUAUUGGAGUUGAGAGUAAGAAGGUGUUUGAGCAUUUAUCUAAAAUUUAUGACCAAAAUACACUCAAUUUGUAAAUUAUAAAAAAAAUGUCCACAGAAACUAAAGUGCUCUUUAGACGGCGGACCCCACAAGCCCCUAACACUAACCUUAACAGGGUCGUGUACUGGCAUCCCGCCGGUUAAGGAGGUGCAAAACUUCCAGUGUGUUGUUCGUGAGAAGGAAACCAGGCAGCUGAUGAUCCCUAACAAGAGCAACCAGACUUGGAACCUGAAGCCUAUCAUAGAUGGAGAGUACUGGACUGGACCUGUCACUUUUCUCGUGGAGCCUCAGCAAAGCUCUGCCUACCCACUGACUUAUGAGCCACUGGCAAUGACAUCAGAGACUAAAAAACAUACGGUAUUAUAUGUACAUUUAUAUGUAACACUAUGUAAUUUGAUAUUCUUUUUUUUAAAUAAAUGACAGAAAAUUACUAAUACGAAAAGAUUUUUUUAAUGAGUUUUUCAUAUAGUUUUAUGAGAAACUAUGUUGUUGUCUUCAUAUGUCUAUUGUCUUAUUUCAGGGUUCCAUUUUCUUUCCUCUCCCUGAUGGAUCAGGGCUCCUCUUCAACCUGCAGGGAACUGCAGAGCCUCCAAAAGUUAUUGCUAAAAUUCAACGCGAUGUACCAUGCAAAACUGGCUACACCGAGCUUCUGCCUGUGUAUAACUGGCUGAAGAAACCACAAAGGUAGUAACUCUUUUAUACAUUAAUUGGUAGUAACUGUUUUAUACACUAAUUGUUAGUAACUACUUUAUACACUAAUUGUUAGUAACUACUUUAUACACUAAUUGUUAGUAACUAUUUUAUACCCUAAUUGUUAGUAACUAUUUUAUACAAAAUACUCCUGAAGGCAUUAGUAACUGUUUUUAAAACGUAAAUUGUGUUUAAAGCUCCCAGAGUAUUACUACAAUUUUGGGUGGUUAUCUCAUCAAGUAAUCUUUAUGUUCAAGUUGAAUGCCUUUUUACCUAGAAGUAGAAGUAGGCAAUUUGAGUUCAUUAACAGCAUGAACUAUGGGAAUAAAAUAUUAAAUUAUUAUGACUUGGCAUAGCUACAACCGAGCGCAAAAUCAUUUUUUAAAGUAUUUUCUUUUAUUUGGUCAGAUUCCGUGUCAAGAUUGAAUCCCUGAAAUCAGAAAAAAUUGAUGGUGGCACCAUUGUUAAAGGUGUGGAGUACAUUGAUGUGCCAGCCAAAGGAUCAAAGGACUACAAGUUAUCUUUCCAUGCCCACAAGGAGGGGGUCACGAUGAUAAAGGUGAGAACCUUGUGGAUUUGUCCUCCAAUUCACUAAUUAUUCAGUCAAUAUUAUUAUUGGGUGUUUUAUAAUUUUUUUUUGUGGCUUAUUCUGCUCUCCCUUUUCUUUCCAGAUUACAUUUCUAAACGAACAAACGGGAGAGUACCAAUUUUACGAGGUGACGUUCAAGGCAACCAGGCCAGGCACAAUCUCUACCAUCAAUUUGUCCACUCCAGUGAGGCAGAUUGUGCCGUACACACUGACACUUGAUAACCCGCUCAGCUCCCAAGUGACAUUUUCAACCAGCUGCUCAGUUCCAGAGGUUCUCAUUCCUAAUCAACUCGUCGUACCUGCUUCCUCACAAGUACGUUCCUUCUAGUCAAUAAACAUGGAGAUGAGAGAUAACAAAAGUAGUGUCAUACCUUUUCCAUUCAAGGGAGAUAAAUAUGAUGACCUAAACGCUUCAAGUUUGUUUGUUGUAUGUAACAAAAUAUGAUCAUAUUCUUAAAAUGUUGAAAGCAGCUUUAAAAAUAUUUUUUUGAGGCUUCAUUCCGAUUUCAUCUUCUCCUGGAUCCCAGUGUGACGCUAUCUUCUCUUUUUAUAGGGUCACUUUAGUUUUGAAUACCAACCUUUGAAAGCGGGUGAGGUCAGUGGUCGCCUUGAACUAACCUGCACUGAACUAGGACAGUUUACCUACGACCUGAACUUUACAGCAACACCAGCUCCCCCAGAGAAACCCAUCUACUUCAGAACUGGACUGGGGACAAACGUCACUCAAGUGGCCAAGUUUUUUAACUUUGCCAAGCAGAAAACUGACUACGCAUGCAAGGUGGGUCACUUUUCACCAAUCAAAUUGAUUACAAAACACCGUGCUUUGCCACCAGCGAUCAUGUAAUUGUGAUAUGUUUGAAUAGGAGUCGAGAAAACUCCACGCACUAGGCCAAAUAAGACAGGUGCUGACCUACAUUUUUGGGGCAAUGAAGUUUGGAAUUUAAGUCCCUCCAACAUCCGCAAAAAAAUGUCAUCUUCUUCAGUGACGUUGUUCCUUGACGGAUGUCUCCAAAAAUAUAAUAAUUUAAUCACUACCUGAUUUUGAUCAAAAUAGCUGGCCACAUUAUUUCAAAUGCCAUGUUAAUAGAAAAAGCUCCUGAGCCUCCUAGUUUUUUAAACAAUUUAUUUUGAUAAAAAUUGUAUUACAAUUUAUUAUUAGUUUUUUGUUUAACCCUUACUUAUUUAGUAAACUUUUAAGCCAUAUUGACUCUGGUCACUUCUGUGGCCCACACUGGAUGAGGUGCUCCAAAAUAUAAGUUACCGGUACAUUGAUUUCAACCUGCAUCUUUGCUGUGUUUAAAACAUGUUUUUUUGUUAAGAACUGAUGUUUACUAUGUUAUUUAAAAUGUUAUGAUCUGCACUUUUCAAAAGAAGCCAUUGGUACAAUUAUUGUCUCUGCUAACCAUCCUACCAGAUUGACAAUACAGACUUCCAUGUAGAGAAAUCUGUGGCCGCUGCCCCUGGCUCCACUGGCGGCACCGAGGUUGUGCUGGAUGUCAUGUUUGAGCCAUCAACACUCGGAGAGCAGCUGGCCACCCUGAGUGUGUCUUCACCGCAAGGAGGGGAUUACACCUUCCCUUUGAUUGCUACCUGCAUUCCACCCAAACCUCAGGGUCCUUACACUGUGAAGUCUGGCACAACCACCCCAAUCAUGUUUAGGAACGUUUUCAAUGUAUCAACACAAUUUGUUUUCCAGGUUGGUGUUCAUUCUGUUUAUAAUCACAUGUUCUUUGGAUAAAAAAGGAGAGAACAAAAAUAUAUUUUUAGCAGAAAUCAGGACUUUUUCAUGGGCCUGCCAGACUCAUUGGACCCAACCCCACCAUUAAGAAGAGGUCCCAUAUAUUAUUUUCUUUUAACAUUUCUUAUAACUAAAGUCUUGGUAGAUAUUUAUUAAGCAAAAUAUAUAUUUAAAAAAUUUAGAAAUUAAAAAAAAUUGCAUAUGCUUUGCUUGUAACUAUUGGCUGUUAUCUAUGAACAAGUCGUCUACAGACCUCUUCUUUUUUGUUACCUGAGCCCAGGACUCCCCUAAUGCUUUAAUGACACCUCGUCUGAGUGCAAAUCAAAUCUUCUUCUUCUUCUAUAUCUUAAGGGCCCACGAUCAAUUUAUUGAUCAUUUUGGCUUAUUUGUGUAAUGUUGCCUCUCACCUUUGUUCUUAUUUGCCCCAUGAUAUGUCUUGUGAUGUAAACUGUAUGAACUUAAUGUGCAUCAUAUUCAUGAACUGUAUAUUAUUUCUGAUGAUCGUGAAUUUCUUUUACAGGUUGAUAACCCACUUUUUCACUUGACUAAACAAGGGGAGACUAUUCGGGCCAAAAAAGAUCACAGAAUCGUAGUCGGGUUUGAUGGGCAAGACACUUCUUCUCCUGUCAUGGGAAAGCUUAUUGUGUCAUGUGCAAAAUCUGCAGGGGGGUCAUCAAAUGCCCAGUGGGUUUUUUAUCUUAAGGGAGUCUCCUCAUAACGCUCCGUUUUGCAGUGGUGAGAAUGACUUUUAAGCAGAGUGUAAGAUAAUAGGUUGAAAUAUGUUUUUAAAUAUUUGACUGGAAAAAAUUCAGUUAAAUGAAGUAUUCAUUAUUUAGAUGAAAUGUGGCACAUUUCAUUUAUUUUAAUUUGAAGCAUUAUUUUGUUUGAAUUGUGAUAGGUUUAGGAAUUUAAAAAUAUUUGCUUUUUUUUUAAAAAUCUUAUUAUAUUAUAGACUUGAUGAUUUUUUUGAAUAUUAUGGUUUCCAUACUUGAAACAUGCUUUUUUUAUUGUGAUAGAAACUGUGAUAAUAUCAAGAAUGUACUUUUCUUUAUAACAAUUGUGACCCUUUAGGCCAAGACGUCUACAUGAAAUACUUAUUUAAAUUUUGGAUAGUGUUAUGAUUUAUAUUAAAAAAGGGUCAGUGGGACCUUUAAACUGAACUUAAGUCAAGUAUGAGAAAUGUUAACAUUUACCAAAACAAACACUGUUUGGUUCAGUAUUAGUAGCUAACUGUUUUGAAGGAGGAAAAAAACACAUUUAAAUUUCUCCAAAUUGUAUAGAUAUUUAAAGAUUUGGCUUAUAAUUUGUGAUAUAUAUUUUUAAUCAUGUCUUUUUAAUUUAUUUUGUAUAUAAUUUAUAAUAUAAUGUGCUUGAUAAAUUUUUUCCUCCAAAUUUUGAGUUUUAAAUUUUGACUUAUAAAUGCCCUUGACACAUGUUUGUAUAAAAUAAUUGCAGGUUUUUUAACAUACAACUUGCAGUCAAUUAUUUUUAUUUUGUACCAUAAAAACAAUUUACUCUUGUGAACUUAAAUUGAAUGAUUUUUGCUAAAGCAAACACAGAAACAGCUCUGAUUUACUGUAAUGCUAAUAUUUUUUUUAAAGUAUACACGAUGUCUAUUACACAAUGUUAAAUUCAAGAUAGUUUUACUAAUGGAACUAUUCUAAUAAAUACAUAUAUU